AAGCUGCCGCCAGCUCCGAGGAACUCCGCGGGAAGACGACGCUCCGUCAGCGGCACAACCUUCGUCCCGUUCGAGCCUCACCGAACAAGAAGCGGUACCGAAGACCCACCGGGCCGAGCUGGACAAGAUGCCGGUCACAGAGAAGGAUCUGGCGGAGGACGCUCCGUGGAAGAAGAUCCAGCAGAACACGUUCACGCGCUGGAUCAACGAGCACCUGAAGUGCGUCAACAAGCGGAUCGUGGACCUGCAGCUGGACCUGGGCGACGGCCUGCGCCUCAUCGCCCUGCUGGAGGUCCUGAGCCAGAAGAAGAUGUUCAGAAAGUACCACAACAGGCCCAACUUCAGGCAGAUGAAGCUGGAGAACGUGUCGGUGGCGCUGGAGUUCCUGGACCGGGAGAACAUCAAGCUGGUCUCCAUAGACUCCAAAGCCAUCGUAGAUGGGAACCUGAAGCUGAUCCUGGGUCUGGUCUGGACUCUGAUCCUGCACUACUCCAUCUCCAUGCCCAUGUGGGAGGGAGAGGAUGAAGAGGCAGAGUCGAAGACGCCCAAACAGCGUCUGCUGGGCUGGAUCCAACACAAAGUUCCUGACCUGCCCAUCACCAACUUCAGCCAGGACUGGAGAAACGGGAGGGCCCUGGGAGCUCUGGUGGACAGCUGUGCACCAGGCUUGUGUCCAGACUGGGAGACCUGGGAUCCAGUAAAACCAGUGGAGAACGCUACAGAAGCCAUGCAGCUGGCUGACGAGUGGCUCGGCAUCCCGCAGGUGAUCGCUCCAGAGGAGAUCAUCGACCCCAGCGUGGACGAGCAGUCGGUCAUGACCUACCUGUCUCAGUUCCCCAAGGCCAAACUAAAGCCCGGGGCUCCUCUCAAACCCAAACUCAACCCCAAGAAGGCCCGAGCCUACGGACCCGGUAAAUGUGGGUAAAGGAAGUCACCCCGACAUGGUGAAGGUGUUCGGUCCCGGAGUGGAGAGGAGUGGACUGAAGGCCAACGAGCCCACACACUUCACCGUGGACUGUUCAGGAGCCGGAGACGGUGACAUCAGUGUGGGGAUUAAGUGGGACUCCACCACCGUGAGCGACCAAGAGGCCGACGUGGACUUCGACAUCAUCCCCAACGCCAACGACACGUUCACGGUUAAAUACGUCCCCCCGGCUGCCGGAAAACUCACGGUUAAAGUCCUGUUCACCGACAAGGAAGUUCAACACAGUCCCUUCAUUGUAAAAGUGGAUCCGUCCCACGAUGCGUCCAAGGUCAAGGCUGACGGUCCAGGACUCGCUCGCACCGGUGUGGAGAGCGGGAAGCCGACCCAUUUCACCGUGGUGACCAAAGGAGCUGGGAAAGCACCGUUGGACGUUUCCUUCUCCUCUCCCGUCAAAGACUUCGACAUCAUCGACAACUACGACUACUCUCAGACCGUGAAGUACACACCUGCACAGCAGGGGGAGAUGGACGUCGUGGUGAAGUUUGGAGGAGAUCCGAUUUCCAGGAGUCCCUUCACGGUUGGUGUCGCUGCUCCGAUGGACCUCAGCAAAGUCGUCGUGGAUAAUCUGGAUGGAAGGGUGGAGGUCGACGAGGAGCAGCAGUUUGAGGUGAACGCUAAAGGUGCGGGAGGUCAGGGUCACCUGGAGGUGGAGGUGCUGAGCCCCAGCCAGCGGGCGGUGCCGUGUAACGUGGCGCCUCGGCCCGGUAAAACGGACGUCAGCGUGGUCCGUUACACCCCGACAGAGGAGGGGGUGCACUCUGUGAACGUGUCCUACGAUGGACACCCAGUACCCGGGAGCCCCUUCCCAGUGGAGGCCCACCUGCCUCCAGAUCCCAGCAAGGUGAAGGCUUCCGGGCCCGGACUGAAGGGAGGUUUGGUUGGGAACCCGGCAGAGUUCACCAUCGACACCAAAGGUGCCGGCACCGGAGGUCUGGGUCUGACGGUGGAGGGGCCGACGGAGGCCAAGAUCGAGUGUUCGGAUAACGGAGACGGGACCUGCUCCGUGUCCUACCUGCCCACCGAGCCCGGAGACUACCUGGUGAACAUCCUCUUCGAAAACGUCCACAUCCCCGGCUCGCCGUUCAGAGCCGACAUCCAGAUGCCCUUUGACCCUUCCAAGGUGGUGGCGUCAGGGUCCGGCCUGAAGAGGGCAAAGGUUGGAGAAAUCAGUGUUUUGAAUGUGGACUGCUCUCAAGCUGGACCAGGUCAGCUCAGCCUGGAAGCGGUACCAGACUCCUCCCCAACCAGCCCUACUGGUUCUGGACUGGGCUCAGGUCUGAAAGCAAAGACGGAGGUUGUGGACAACAAAGACGGGACCUACACGGUGACCUACGUCCCCCUGACCUCCGGCAUGUACACCCUGAUGCUGAAGUAUGGAGGCAAAGCCGUCCCCGGUUUCCCCGCCAAGGUGGUGGUGGAUCCUGCCGUCGACACCUCCAAAAUCAAAGUGUUUGGACCCGGCGUGGACGGAGAAGACGUUUUCAGAGAAGCCACCACGGACUUCUCGGUGGACGCCCGUGCUCUGAGCCGGAGAGGAGGAGACCACGUGAAGGCAAAGAUCAGGAACCCAUCCGGGGCCCUGACUGACUGCAAGGUCGUGGACAACGCAGACGGGACCUACAGCGUCGAGUACACCCCCUAUGAGAACGGCGUCCACAGCGUUGAAGUUCUUUUUGACGACACUCCGGUUCCCAAGAGUCCCUUCAGGGUUUCUGUGGAUGAGGGGUGUGACCCCAGCAGGGUGGUGGCUACUGGCCCCGGGCUCCAAAAAGCCCUGACGGAGCAGCCAAACCACUUCAACAUCAUAACAAGAGGGGCAGGAAUCGGCGGCCUCGGCAUCACCGUAGAGGGUCCGUCCGAAUCUAAAAUGUUCUGCAAAGACAACAAAGAUGGCAGCUGCAGCGUCGAGUACGUUCCCUUCACGCCGGGCCUGUACGACGUCAACAUCACCUACGGAGGAGCGCACAUCCCAGGAAGUCCCUUUAAGGUGCCGGUGAAGGACGUGGUGGACUCCAGUAAGGUGAAAGUGUCGGGCCCUGGCGUGGGCUCCGGGGUCAGAGCAAAUAUCCCACAAUCCUUCACUGUGGACUGCAGGAAGGCUGGCGAGGCCCCGCUGGCCGUGGCUGUCGCGGCUCCCAAAGGAGUCGCGACGCCGGUGGAGGUGACGGACAACGGAGACGGGACUCACACGGCGUGCUACACUCCGUCUGUUGAGGGACUGUACUCCGUGUCCGUCAAGUACGCCGACGAGGACGUCCCCCGCAGUCCCUUCAAGUUCAGAGUUCUUCCGACUCACGAUGCCAGUAAAGUGCGAGCCAGCGGCCCCGGGCUGACCAGCGGCGUCCCCGCGAGCUUCCCCGUCGAGUUCAACAUCGACGCCAGUGACGCCGGUCAGGGCCAGCUGAGCGUGCAGAUCACGGAUCCAGAUGGAAAACCGAAGCAGCCCAGCAUCCACAACAACGGUGACGGUACCUACACCGUGGUCUACAUCCCCGACCGCGCCGGCCGCUACACCAUCGUCAUAAAAUACGGCGGUGACGACAUUCCUGCGUCGCCCUACAGAGUCCGUGCCACGGCAACCGGAGACGCCAGCAAGUGCACGGUCACAGGUCCUGGUGUUGGUCCAACCGUGACCAUCGGCGAGGAGCUGGGCCUGAUGGUGAACACAAAGGGUGCUGGGAAGGGAAAGGUGAGCUGCGUGGUGGUUCAGCCCGACGGGAGCGAGGUGGAGGCCGAGGUCAUGGAGAACGAGGACGGCACCUUCGACAUCUUCUACACCGCGCCCGAGCCCGGCAAUUACGUCAUCUACGUCCGCUUCGGAGGAGAAAACGUCCCGCGCAGCCCCUUCAAAGUCAUGGCUACAGACGAACUACCCAUCAUGCAACAGCAGAUGUCUCCACAGAAACAGGCCACUCCCCCUGGAGCUGGCUUCCAACCAUGGGUGACGUCAGAAAACUACAAAUCAGUCGGUGGCAGCGUGAACGGCAGCGGCUUCCGACCGUUCGACAUGGUGAUACCGUUCUCCUUCAGGAAGGGAGAGAUCACAGGUGAGGUGCUGAUGCCUUCAGGUAAACCUGCUCAGCCUCUGAUCACAGACAACCUGGACGGGACGGUGACGGUGCAGUACGCCCCCACGGAGGCCGGCCUGCACGAGAUGCACAUCAAAUAUAAUGGCACGCACAUCCCAGAGUCUCCCCUUCAGUUCUACGUGAACCACGCCAGCAGUCCAAAUGUGACGGCCUACGGUCCCGGACUGAGCUACGGCGUCGCCAACAAGCUGUCGACCUUCACCGUCUUCACAGACGAAGCUUCUGAAGGAGGUCUGGACUUGGCCAUCGAGGGUCCGUCCAAAGCCGAGAUCAGCUGCGUGGACAACAAAGACGGGACGUGCAGCGUCAGCUACCUGCCGACGCUCCCGGGAGAUUACAACAUCCUGGUCAAAUACAACGAGGAGCACAUCGCCGGCAGCCCCUUCAACGCCAAAAUAAUUGAGGACAACCAGCGCCGCUCUCAGGUCAAACUGGGCUCGGCGGCAGAUUUCUCUCUGGACAUCCACGAGAGCGACCUCAGCGUGUUGACCGCCAGCAUCAGGGCGCCGUCGGGACGCGACGAGCCCUGCCUGCUGAAGAGGAUGGCCAACAACCACAUCGGUAUCUCCUUCAUCCCCCGGGAGGUGGGCGAGCAUGUGGUCAGCAUCCUGAAAAAUGGUCGACAUGUCCCCAACAGUCCCAUCACCAUCAUGGUGGUCCAGUCAGAAAUCGGCGACUCCACGCGGGUUAAAGCUCACGGCGACGGCCUCGUUCAGGGCACCACCUUCACCGACGCCAGCUUCGUGGUGGACACGCAGGACGCCGGUUAUGGUGGUCUGGCUCUGGCCAUCGAAGGUCCCAGUAAAGUGGACAUCCAGACCAAAGACCUGGAGGACGGGACCUGCGAAGUCACCUACUGCCCAACAGAACCGGGGAACUACAUCGUCUCCAUCCGCUUCGCUGAGGAACACAUCCCAGGAAGUCCGUUCACGGUGCGGGUGACUGGCGAGGGUCGCAUACGUGAGAGCAUCACCCGUCGGCAGAAGGCGGCGUCGAUUGCGAGCAUCGGGAGCGUGUGUGACCUGAACCUGAAGAUACCAGCCAUGGACAUGCAGGACAUCACAGCAGAGGUUACGUCACCGUCCGGGUCCAGGAGGCCGGCUGAGCUGGUCGCCGCUGGCAACGACACGUACUACGUGCGGUUUGUGCCUACGGAGAUGGGCGUGCACAGCGUGAGCGUGAGGUACAGGGGCGUGCACGUGCCAGGCAGCCCCUUCCAGUUCACCGUGGGACCGCUGGGAGAGGGAGGUCCUGACAAAGUGAGAGCAGGAGGUCCAGGACUGGAGGGAGCUCUGGCAGGAGAACCAGCUGAGUUCAGCAUCUGGACGAGGGAGGCGGGCGCUGGUGGUCUGUCCGUGGCGGUGGAGGGGCCCAGCAGGGCGGAGAUCUCGUUUGACGACCGGAAAGACGGUUCCUGCGGCAUCUCUUACAUAGCUCAGGAGCCCGGUGAUUAUGAGAUUUCUGUGAAGUUUAACGAGCAGCACAUCCCUGAUAGCCCCUACCUGGUUCCUGUUGUCGCUCCGAUAAACGACGCCCGGCGCCUCUCUGUUGCCGGCCUUCAGGAGUCUGGUCUUAAGGUGAAUCACCCAGCAUCCUUUGCGGUGCGUCUGAACGGAGCGCAGGGCAAGAUGGAGGCCAAGGUCCACAGUCCAUCUGGAGCUCUGGAGGAGUGUGUCGUCACAGAGCUGGAGAGAGACAAGUACGCUGUUCGCUUCAUCCCCAGGGAGAACGGCGUCCAUACCAUCCACGUGAAAUUCAACGGUUCUCACAUCCCAGGAAGUCCUUUCCAGGUUCGAGUUGGAGAACCAGGACAGACCGGAGAGCCUGGUCUGGUUUCAGCAUAUGGGGCAGGGCUGGAGAGGGGCACCACAGGUGCCCAGUCAGAGUUCAUCAUUAACAACACCAAGGCGGGUCCAGGAACUCUGGCCGUGACCGUCGAGGGCCCGUCUAAAGUGAAACUGGACUGCCAGGAGGUUCCAGAAGGUUACAAAGUACUCUACACGCCCAUGGCACCUGGAAACUACCUGGUCAGCAUCAAAUAUGGAGGACCAAACCACAUCGCCGGGAGUCCCUUCAAGGCCCGAGUCACAGGUCCUCGGCUGGUGAGCGUAACAAACGCGAGUGAGACGUCGAUGCUGACCCUGGACGCGCCUGUACGGGGGAGCAGCAGCAGCUUCGUGCACAGCGCCAUGCCCAGACUGGGAGACUCGGACGCCAGCAAGGUGCUGAGCCGAGGAACGGGCCUCAACAGGGCCUUCGUGGACCAGAGGAGCAGCUUCUCUCUGGACUGCAGCAAAGCUGGUAAGAACAUGCUGCUGGUGGGCGUGCACGGCCCCCAGGUCCCCUGUGAAGAGGUUCUGGUCAAACAUUUGGGCAACCUGCAGUACAACGUCAGUUACCUGCUGAAGGAGCGGGGCAGUUACGUCCUGGUGGUGAAGUGGGGCGACGAUCACAUCCCAGGGUCUCCGUUUAACGUCACCGUCCCGUGAUAACAAGACAAGCAGCCGUUCCUCCUGCAUCGUUGUUCAUCCCUGUUGAGUUCAUCAAGUUUGAAGAGCACCAGUGGGGUCUGAUGAUUUAGUUCCUGCUGCCCUGAAACCAUCAGCUCAGUCCGUUUGCGCUCGCUAGAUUCUGUUCCACUGAUUGAUGAAAAUCUUUAAGUUUCAAAAAAAAAUGUUAAACAAUAUUUGGAAAAAAUUCACAAUAUAAGAAAAUGAACGUAGAUGAUGACUGGAAUAACGUUACACUUUAGAUGAACAGUGCCAGGAACAAAGUAAGACACGUUUCAUCGUGGAGUUCUGCAGUUCGAAUCUUCUCCUGGUUGGCCAGUUGCCAGAAGAAACAGCCAAUAAAAAAUAAAUCUGUGCUUGAAUGUUUUCUCAGCUAAAGUGUGAAUUAAAGACGAGUCAGCAUCUCUGUAAACAGAAAAAACUGGAGUUCAUCGUUUCAUUCCAGCAGCAAAUAUCAAAGUUUGCGCAGCUGCUGAUCGUUCGUUGCUCUUCAUCUCCCAGAAUUCCUCACUCCUCUGCCUUCAAACUGCUGUUUCCUGCACUGCACAACAGAAUACUUGAUGUGUUGGAGUUCUGGGGCUUGGGAUCGUAUCGCACGACCCGAUCUGACUUUACGGCUCGGUUCUGAUCCGUUUCUGUUCAGAUUAGAUGAUCCAGCUGAAGUUGCUGAAGCGAUGACUCUGAGCUCAGUUCGUGUGUAAACGAUGAAGAACUCUACAGGAGUCUCUUUCUGUCCUUCGUGUUGUUGCCUCUCUGCUACUGCUGCGUACACUUUGAUACUUUUUAACAUGAGGGGUUUUGUGCUGGGGGUGGGAGAAGUCUUGUUUUGCAUCAGGCAGUAAGUGUCUUAAUAUGAAACCAAGUCCUGAUGUACUGUACAUUUUAACGAUGAAAUAAACUGGAAUGUAGAAUA